UCAAACUGACAUUACUUUGAGGCGCCACUGGCUUUUAGGCAAUUAAAAUCAACUUGGCGACGUAUUCAUUAGUUCUUUUUUACUUUUCAUGGAGCAAGAAGCCUGUGAAACCCCGUCUGCUGGAGCGAGGGAAACUGCAAACGACAUGACAGACAUUGUGGUGGUUGAUUUGGAGUCCUACGUCAACGUUGAACUCGACAUGGAGAAGAACAACGCAUUUGAAGUACUUGGACACGAUGUGUCCGGUGUAACUCAAGCUCUGUUUCAGAAUCGAGAGGAGGAUGAAGAUGAGAGUGAUGAUGAUGACGAUGACAGUGGCACAGACCACUUUAACGCUGAAAAGCUAGGGACGCAGCUGCAGAGAUGUGAGCGUCAUGGAGAAGUGAAUUCAAGUCUUCCCGACACUUUCCAAACCAGCCACCUGCUGUUCUAUGAGAGGUUCAAAGCAUACCAGGACUACAUGCUUGGGGACUGUAAGCCCUCCGAGGUGAAGGCCUUCACAGCAGACUACCUGGAGAAGCUGGUGGAGCCGUGUGACUGGUUGGCUCUGUGGUCUACUGACAUCUUUGAUGUACUGGUUGAGGUGCGUGACGUUGGCUUGAAGGAUCUGAAGGCAUGUGUGGGGCUGGUGCUUCCUCUGCAAUGUGACACCAGAGGCUGUGAACUCACUGAGGAGGCUAUGAAUUCUCUCCUGGAGGCCACUCAGCACAAAGUCCCUCUGCAGGAGCUCCAGGUGGUCUACGAUCAGUCUGGGGCCUUUGAUCAAACCGCCCUCGCUCUCGAGCACCUCAGAUUUUUUUAUAAACACAUCUGGAGGCAGUGGGAUGAGGAAGAUGAAGAUGAUGACUUUGACUACUUUGUCCGUUGUGUGGAGCCUCGUCUCAGGCUCUACUAUGACAUCUUAGAGGACAGAGUCCCAGCAGGCCUUGUGGCAGAGUACCAGUCCUUACAGAAAAGCUGCUUCGAGUGCUUUCAGCAGUUCUCAGUACUGCGCAGUGGCCUCAGCACUGACUCAGACUCAGAGCUGGACAACAUUUCCAUGGUGGAAGGCCUGAAACUGUAUGACCAGCUGGAGACAUUGAAACGCAAGCUGCACAUCAUUGAGAACCCGCUGUUGAGGUAUGUUCUGGGCUACAAAGGAAAUGCAAGGCAGCAGUGUGUGCAAAGCCGUGGGCUCAGGGCAUCAGGUAUGAAGGUGGUCCAUGUGGUCACAGCCUCCUGCAGCACCAUCCAGCUCCAGUCCCUCCUCAGUGACAGACUUCUACCGCUGUGCUCCUCUGAAGACACUGAGAUUCAGUUCCACAGAGACCCAAUAUCAGCGGUGGAUUCGUGCCAUCAGGGCGAUGUGGUCAUUGUUCUCCCAGGGAGCUACAGUGUCAGCAGCUCCAUCUUCCUACCAGACUCCAUUACUAUAGAGGGCUUCGGGCUUCCUGAUGAGGUGGUGAUCGAGAAGAAAAACAAGGGCGACUCUUUUGUGGAGUCCACAGGAGCUGAUGUCAGGCUGUCCAACAUUAAGUUCAUCCAACAUGAUGCUAUCGAGGGCAUUCUGUGUGUGCGACAGGGGACUCUGAACAUGGAAAACUGUGUGCUUCAGUGUGAAACCACAGGAGUAAUUGUCCGAACAUCUGCCCAUCUCACCAUGAAUAUGUGUGACCUGUAUGGCUCCAAGGGGGCUGGUGUGGAGAUUUACCCCGGCAGUGUUUGUAGUCUGAUUGGUAAUGGCAUCCAUCACUGUAAGGACGGGAUCCUCAUCAAGGACUUUGCUGAUGAGCUGGAUGUGAUGCCAUCCAUCACCAUGGAGAACAAUGUGAUUCACAAUAAUGAAGGCUACGGGGUGAUUGUAGUGAAACCCAGCGACGGGGAACAACACAGGGUUCCUCUGGACAGAAGUGAAGAAGACCCUGCUGGACUGACAGCUGAAUACAAAGAGCAAGGAGGCGCUCCAGCAAACCUGACCAGCACCGAUUCAGCAGAUGUUCCUGAAUCAGACAACAACAGCACACAUGUGGGCGUGGCCUCCACCUCAGGCAGGAAGUGGCAGUUUAGUCGUCAGCUCAGCAGAAACAAGGAGACGUCCUGCAGCCGAGCGGUCCAGGAUCUGAUGGACCACCAGAUCUUUGUCUCUAUUCAGGGAAACCAGUUCAGGCGCAAUGGCAUGGGUGACUUUGGUACUUUUUUCUACUGACAGAUGACGUUGACACACUCAUAACUUCAGACUUUUCUUGCAUUACUGUAGAUACUUCCACUUCCAGUGUUUUGGAGCAGUAAUUAUUUGAUGACAGCUUCAUGCUUUAGGUGAUUUCCUUACUUUGUCAUGAAAGAUUGCUGAUUCACAUCCACCCACUGAACGGAACACAAUUCAACAGAACUCUGACUUCCACCUGUUUAAAUUAACAGUGAAUUGAUCCCCAAGUUUGAACUUGCACAAAUGCUUUUAUCUUAUUUAUUCCUUUGGGCUCCAUAUGCUAGAUGUUUAAACAUUUUUAAUUAUUAUUACUUUGAAAUCCACUCGUCACUUUGAAUGUAGUUUUGGUGGUUUUGACUUCGGAUCUAAUAAAUGUUGUUACCUUUAAGGUGGUGGCUUGUAUGAAAGCAGCUCACUGUUGAUUCUGAGUUCACAUUAAUAUUCCUAAUUUCUUUUGUUAUGAGUUCAAUGUGACUUUCACACGGUGCCUCGGGUGUUUUUAAAGGUUUCAUGAUGUACAGUAUUUUAUAGCUGAGGGACGUGUACAGGUUGAUGAAAGCAGAAGCCCAGUGAAAACAAACUUAGGUUUUAUAUUUUGACUGACUAAAACAAAUGAGUCAUUGGUUUAACGUGUUACUGGACAAUGUGAAUAUAAUGACUUUCCUGCCGAUUAAACAGUGUCUGUUGAAACCUCUGUAUGGGGGGGGAUGCAGCUUGAUAAUCUUUCUAUGUGUGUUGUAACCUGACUCAACACAAUAACUGUGAAACAGGCUCACUGAGUGUUUCAUACUGUGGAUCUUCGAUUAUAUAUUAACUCUCUGGACAUGAACUUUUCUUCAUGUCCCCCACAAACCCAAAUAUUCAAAAUAACUUCUAAAAAGGAGUGAAAUCUUCCUGCUUUUGCUCUCUCUCUCUCUCACACACACACACAAUCCAUGUCAUUUGAGCCAUUAGUCACACAGGGGCUGAAAACCGAAACACUGCGCUAUAGAUCAGUUGUCCCCAACCUUUUUAUCACCACAGCCCAGGAGGGGAGGGGGUGUAUGUAGAUUGUUCAUACUGUAAAUAUAAUAAUUUUUUUUCUUUCAAAAUACUCUGGGAUCUUGUCUUUUAAUCCAGGGUGCUUGGUCUCCAAGUGGAGAAGCAGUUUUGAAGGCCUCAUUAGAGAGCCAGUCGCCACAUAUGAUGCAGAUCGGCUCGGUGUGUGGGAAUCAUCCAUAUUUCAAGUUGG